ACCAAAAGUGGGUGGAUCAGCAGGAAGCCAGAAACAAUUAGAUCUAUAUCCCCAAUCAACAAACUCUGUACGUACCUAGUACCUGUGGUCUCUCUGAUCUGUUCACUUUAUUUUCCUACCACCUAGUACGUACCUGACACAAUGUCCUCUGACCCCUCUCCCCCCGUCCCUCCACCUCCUAUGGAGACACCAUCCGAACCAGAUGCAGACGAGAACAUCUCCCACCCAAGCCUGGAGCUGUAUCGCCACACCAUCCUCAGAGGGGCCAAUAUGGGCUCUUUCCUUGCUUUGGUUGUGGGACCUCCUGUGCUGUUCUUUCGUGGUGUGCGGUCCCCUGCAGAGAUGAUGAGAAGAAUGGCCGGCAUAUGUGCUAAAGGAAUGGGAAUUGGUAUGGUUUUCGCGGCUGUAAUGACAAUGAUGCGAACAAGAGGGAACACUGAAGAACAAGUGUUUGACAGAUCGUAUCGUCUCCGCUACAACAAACGACAAGUUCGAUUGGACAAAUUCUCGUAUGGCUUUGCACUCAUCGGAGGAGCUGCUGGGGCCGCAGGGCUGGGAGGAUUGGGCGGUGUAGUGGGUGGAGCCAGCAUGGGCCUCGGACUCUCUGUGAUCGGUCACUCACUCACCGGACGUUCUUCUGAAGAGGAGAAAUAAAUAUGCCGAGAACGAGAACAUUGAUUUAGAGACUACUAUUUUCUUACCUUGCCUAGAUUUAAUUGCCUCUGUUAUUUGUAACAUGAUAAUGACCAAUCAA